AUGACAUCCGCUGUAUCGACAGUCAAAUUUAAAACAUUUACAACUUUAUUCACAUCAGUAAUUGAGUCAUUUCUUGUAAAAUGUUUGCUCGGAAAUCGACAAAAGACAUGGUUAGGUUCUGCCACAUACGAUAAUCACGAGUGUAAAAACAACGUGGAAAUAAAUUCUCUCGAUGCUAACUUUGCUUGUGUUAAAGCAACCAAAGUGGUUGAACUAGAAGAGGAAAUUACAACAAUACUUCUAUUAGCGAACUAUAGAGAAUAA